UUUUCUUCACCCUGCAGAGACCCUUUGACUCCCCGUCACAAAUUCACGAAUCUUAUACUACAACAUAAAUAAAAGACACCCUUCAUUCACUUAAAUUAAUCAGUGCCUUUUUUUCAAAAGAGAGAAGUGUCAAUUUAAAUACAGAAAAGCCAUGGAUGCUGAUUCCUGGGCUGCUCGUCUUUCUUCUGCCUCUAGGCGCUGUCAAUCCGUCCUUCAAUCUCGAUCUGGGAUAAAGUGGGAGGGUCUCAAUGCAGAAAUGUUGAUGGGAUUCGAGGAAAUGGACAUGGAUGGUGAUGUAAGGGAGGAGUAUCCAUGCCCGUUUUGUUCGGAAUAUUUUGAUAUUGUGGGACUCUGUUGCCAUAUAGAUGACGAGCAUCCUGCUGAAGCAAAGAAUGGGGUGUGUCCAAUUUGUGCAAUGAGGGUUGGUGUUGAUAUGGUUGCACAUAUUACAUUGCAACAUGGGAAUACUUUCAAGAUGCAGCGCAAGAGAAAAUCACUUAAAGCUGGUUCACAUUCAACACUAUCCUUGUUGAGGAGGGAACUAAGAGAAGGAAAUUUGCAGUCUCUUUUUGGAGGGUCUUCCCGUAAAGUAUCUUCAGGCAAUGCAGCUCCAGACACAUUGUUGUCAUCAUUUUUCUUGCCAGUGGGUGAUGAUUUCGUAAGUGUUCAAUCACACUCUUCGUCAGAGCCAAAUCCAGCGAAGAAUAGCUCUGCCAGAAAUGUUUUAGAAAGGAUCUUACUGCAAAGUUAGGCAUAAAUAGAAGUGGGGAGUGAUAAGAAUCAAUUAGAAAUAAAGGUCCGAGAAGCUCCCAUGUCUAUCAAAGAUCAAGAGGAGAAGUCACAGAGAUGCACAUUUGUUCAAGGUAUGCUGUUGUCCACAAUUCUUGAUCAUGGUAACAUAUGAGGUUCAACAGGGCUGCUAGGUUUGGAACCAUAAGUUUGCCGGUACAACCUCUGUGACAGGUUUUUUAUCGGUACUGUAUAAGUUCGUGUGAAAGUGUAAUAAUAAAAUGUAAUCGAUGUUCGUGUCUACAAUCAGUAGUAGAUAGAAAUGGACGCGUUUAUCCCAUUUUGGUUUAUGUUCGUGUUUUGACUAAAGAUAAUGAGUUCACUCUUCCAUAAUCUGUGUGUGUGAUGAUCUUGUUCUGGUCA